AGAUCAGACUCCGAAAAGCUUCAAGAUUGAUCACUAUUUGCAUUCUUGACUCGAACGACAACUUGAUCCGACUCUUAUCGUCUACUCAGCUCGCAAAUAUUGUAAAGACUCGUACCAGUUGUUACUACCCGGACAACUACUGAGAUCGAAUCGACCCCCCCAUGCUUAAAUCGACGCUCAGUCGUCUCCAUUCAUGACCAACUUAUUCGCCAACUCCUCUCGCUACACAAGGUUGGUCUGUCGGUAGUAGAAUGCCACCGCCUAUUGGCCGAUACGGGCCCUCGGCCUUGAACACGCCCUUUGGCCAUCUUCAGCAAGCCCAUCAAUUACAGCAACAACAGACCCAACAGCAAUCACAAUCACAACACCAUGCCACUCAUACACAAGCCGCACUACCUCCACCUUCGUUAGGUGGUCACCCUGGAUUCAGUGCUGUUGCUUCCAGUUCGACUGCAAACCCGUUUGGACUCGCCAGUACGAAUGGUGUUGGUGCGUUUAGUGCGGAUAUCGCUAAUGGUACGGGACUUGCAAGUCAUGCAGCACAAAUGGGGUUUGUUCGGGGCGCACAGAUGCAGCAACAACAGCUACAUCAGGCUCAAGAUGGGAGGUUGCUGUUGGAAAGCAAGGCCAAUCCAAUAAAGACUCGGAUUCGCGACGUUUGGAAACAUAAUCUGGCACAAGAGAUGGCUGUGUUGAGACGGCUGGUAGAGCGAUAUCCAUAUAUCAGUAUGGAUACCGAGUUCCCUGGCAUUGUUGCUCGGCCGAUGGGCGCUUUCACAACCAAAGCAGACUACCAUUAUCAAACACUACGCUGUAAUGUUGACCUUCUUAAAAUGAUUCAACUCGGUGUUACGUUAUUCUCCCCAGAAGGUGAACUGCCACCUGCCACACCAACAGAAGUCAAUGGACAAGGAUAUGCCAGUAACUACGGACCAGCACCAUGCACAUGGCAAUUCAACUUCCGAUUCUCGUUAGAAGACGAUAUGUAUGCUCAAGAUUCGACGAGUAUGCUGGCCAAAGCGGGUAUCGAUUUCUCCAUGCAUGAAAAAAAUGGUAUUGAUCCCGUUGAGUUUGGCGCACUUCUAAUGAGCUCUGGACUGGUUUUGCUGGAUGAUGUUCAUUGGAUUUCGUUUCAUUCUGGUUACGAUUUUGGCUACCUCAUGAAGAUCAUGCUCUGCAAGCCUCUUCCAGAAGAUGAAGAGGAAUUCCACAAACUACUCAAAAUAUUCUUCCCCUCUCUUUACGACAUCAAAUAUCUCAUGAAACAUGCAGGCCGGAACCAGACUGCAAAUGACUCCCCAUUGACACCAGCAGCACUUCAAGUGAUCAACAAUCUGGGACAAAAAUCCGGUCUACAGGAUAUUGCCGACGAGCUUGGCGUCAAGCGAGUAGGCAUAGCCCACCAGGCGGGAUCUGAUUCCUUAGUAACGGGCGAAAUCUACUGGAAAAUGCGUCAAAUAGUCUUCAAUGGCACAAUAGACGAAGCCAAAUAUUCAGGCCAGGUUUGGGGUCUCAACGGCCAAUUACCCGCCAUGACUACAUACUAUGCACAACAAACACCUAAUCUCAACGGUGCCACAAUCUACUCCACUGCUGGAACGCCCAGUACCCCGAACAACACGAGCACGAAUGCGGGCGGCAGUUCUCAGACACCAUCGCACAUUGGAGCAGGAGCUUUGACUCCAGGUGGAGGAGGGGGAGUUUUUGGGGCGUUUCAGAUGGGAAAAUCAUGAUCAUAUGUUUCAUUUAAAGAUCUGGAGUGGAUGAUUAUAGGUUUCCUAAAUUCAUGCCAUUUCUUCCUGCUCUUUCAUUACUGUGCUGGUAUGUUACGUUUUGUUAUGACAUGGGUAUGUAGGUAGGGUGUUUUUCGCUCAUGAGUACCAGAUGGGCUGGUUGAUGUAUAUCAUUUUCUUAUUACUAUUGCUAUUCUCUUUCUUCU